AUGACCGUGGCCCAGGACCAGGGAUUGGGAACCAUCGUUGGAGACCUGAGAGCUUUGAGAGUGAGUUCGGAGCGUCGCUGGGCCAUGGUUCGCUCCGGUGGUUUUGGGUUCUGCUCCCGGGACUGCUGGCUCUGUUCAGUCCGCUUUUGGGUGCAGUCCGCGCGGCGUGUGCCUCAGCUCUGCCCGGUCUGUGCUCUGGAGGCUGUGGAGGCUCCGAAGGCUCUGUGA